CAGACUAUCAGAGAAAAUCAGCAAUCUGUGAGACCCCAAGAACCGCAGGCCCUCAGCUGACCUUCUCCCCUCUGAGGAUGACAAGGGUGUUAUUCCUCUCCUUGUUCAGCUGCCUGGUUGUCAUACAUCAGGCCAGCCUAAUCAGCCGCUGUGACUUGGCCAAGGUGCUGCACCAGGAAGACUUGGAUGGGUUUGAGGGCUACUCCCUGAGUGACUGGGUGUGCCUGGCUUUUGUGGAAAGCAAUUUCAACAUAUCAAAGGUAACUGAAAAUGCAGAUGGCAGCUUUGACUAUGGCAUCUUCCAGAUCAACAGCCACUACUGGUGCAACGAUUACUUGAGUCACUCGGAAAACACUUGCCACGUGGAGUGUCGAGAACUGCUGAACCCCAGUCUUCUCGCAGCCAUCCACUGUGCAAAAAAGAUUGUGUCCAGAGCAGGGGGGAUGCAUAACUGGGCAGAGUGGAUGAUGCACUGUGCAGGCCGGCCCCUCUCCUACUGGAUAACAGGAUGUCACCUGGGAUGAGACCGGGUGCAGGCCUGCUGUGGAGUCAUUCCAAAACUCCUCUCCUCCCUUGGGAUUUUUCCGUUCUUCUUCCUCUUGCCUCUACUUCAUGUUUCUUCCUUUCCCAUUUACAAAUAAAACUAA